AUGGUUUUCUCUCGGUCCGCGACGCUGCUCUUCGCUCUCGCCGGCUUGGGUGCCCUCCUCCUCUCCCCUGCCGCUGCCGCACCUGCACCGGCGUUCAACACCACCGCCUCUGUCCCCGAUCUCAUGCGCCGCUCGACGACUGCACUCUCGACGGCGCAGGAAUCGGCUUUCCUCCCGUACUCGUACUACGCCGGUGCGGGGUACUGCCAGCCCGCGUCGAUCAAGGCGUGGGAUUGCGGCGUGAACUGUGCCGCGAACCCUUCGUUCAUCCCCUUGGCCACAGGGGGCGACGGGUCGGUGACGCAGUACUGGUAUGUCGGGUACGACACCGCACUUCAGGAGGUCAUCGUCGCCCACCAGGGCACGUUGACGUCAGCUAUUCUCCCUCUCCUCGAAGACCUCUUCAUCGCGCAGUCGAAUCUCGACAGCAGCAUCUUCCCUGGCGUCAAAAGCAGCGUGAAGGUCCACUCCGGCUUCAAGAAUUCUCAUGCCAGGUCUGCGCACGAUGUUCUCGCCGCGGUUAAGAGCGCGCUCGCAACGUACAAAACGACCAAGGUCGUCGUCACCGGCCACUCCCUUGGCGCGGCGCUCGGUCUGCUCGACUCGAUGAUGCUCGUGAUGUCGCUCCCGAGCGCGAGCGUGCGUUUCAUCGGCUACGCGCUCCCCGGCGUCGGCAACCAGGCGUGGGCGAACGCCGUCGACGCGCAGGCGUCCCGGCUCUCGGUCACACACGUGAACAACAAGAAGGACCUCAUCCCGACCCUGCCCGGGCUCUGGCUCGGCUUCCACCAGCCGUCGGGCGAGGUGCAUAUCCAGAACGACGAGUCGUGGGUCGCGUGUUCCGGCCAGGACAACAAGAACCGCAACUGCAUCCUCGGCGCGGUCCCAACCAUCUUCAGCGGGGACUUGGACGACCACUAUGGGCCGUACGAUGGGGUCACCAUGCGCACCGAAAUGUGCAAUUGA